AUGAUGGUGAUGAUGUUUGUGUUCAAUCUUUUAUUUCUAUUUCAAAUUUCAUUUGUAUUUGCAAAUCAAAUAACUCACGAAAACUCGACUGGUCUUCAACUAGUUUCGAAUGCGAAUAACCUUAAUAAAUCAAUAGUACAGCAAGGCCGAAAUCGCGCCGGUGUCCCUCAAUCUCUUACGUUGCUUAUGAAUUUUAGAGAUGAUGGCACAACAUCUUUUCAAAUUAUGCAAGGGACACAAAUUGUUUAUUUGGACAAUGGUCUUUGUGUGUACGGACAAUUAUUCGAUCCAUCGACUGGUCGAUGUCGCGAUAUUUAUUGUCAAGAAAUCAAUUAUAAAUUUAAUGGCACAACAUGUAUACCGGAUACAAAUCAAAACACAUCUUAUGCUUUUAAACGAAUGAGUGAUAUUGAUUUAUCAUUGACAAUGAUUAUUGCACCAAGCAGUCAUUAUCCAGCAAACGAGACUUCGAAACUUCUUACUACUCAAAUCAAUAAAACCUGUACGAAAGAUUUGAAAAAGAUGUUUCAUGAUGCAUUGCAUGGUUAUCUUAAUAUUGAUUAUGAACGUGUUACUAAAAUCGACUAUCGUGUUUCAGUGCAUGAAGAUCAUUCGGUUAAUCGGUCCACGAUAAAUUCUACAAUUCAAAGUAAAAAUCCUGGAAAGGAUGAUAGCGCGUCAGUUGUCCAUCCAUAUGAUUCUUCCGAUGAAUUUAUCUAUAACACACUAGCACGAAAUAAAUCUCUUGCGAUAAGUUUUUCUUUUUCAAUAACCGAUCGAAAUGAAACAUCACAAGAUACAUUAACAGGUUUACAUGUUGUUACACUUCUUUUAAUUGGCUCGGAAUUUCAUGCUGUACUUUAUUUGUGUCGAAAUUAUGCAAUUGAAAUUGAAGGAGUCUCGAUUAUUUCGGAUAAAAAUAAAACUCGAGAUGAAUUUUGUAGUGAUCCAGAUGUGAUGAUGCCAACGAAAAAUGGUUAUAUACGUAGACGUUUACGAGCCGAUGGCGAAAUUGAUUAUGUGGUUGAUGUUCCGGAACUUGAAACUACAUAUGAAAGUGGAGAUUACACUUAUUUAUUUAUUAUUUCAACAGUAACACAAAAAGCAUCAAGAGACCUAGCGCUGCGAGCCGAAAAUACAUCUCCACCGCCAAAUGCGACUUCUACACGAAGAUUAGUAUCCGUAUGUAAUCGUCAACCGCGCAUCGUUGGUCGUUGUCCGGACAGUCUUGUUAUGCGUAUCGCACUAUGUGAAGUUGUUCAAUAUAAAAACCUUUCAAUGCGCAUUAGACGUACUGGCCGUCUAUAUACAAAUCGUGAAUAUCGUUAUGAUCAUUUACGACCAGAUUUAUACGUUGUCGUUUGUAAACUUGAUACACAUAAUGGUACAGCUAGCGGAAAAGCAUUAGGUUUCGUUGAAAAAGCACCUGGCAUUCUAUCAACUAUUGCAACAUUUCUCUCUAUAUUUGCGUUAGCUAUAAGCUUAAUAACAUUUACAUUGUUUUCUUCAUUGCGUAAUUUACCUGGAUGUAAUACAAUUAAUUUAAUUAUCGCUUUAAUGAUAGGAGAAACAUUAUUUCUAUCACAAAGUUUAAUUAUAAUGACAACACCCAGUGUUUGUUUAUUGUUUGCAUUAGGAAUACAUUUUUUCUAUUUAGCAAGCUUUUUUUGGAUGAAUGUUAUGGCUUUCGAUCUCUGGAAAACAUUUCAUAAAGGUUUUUCACUUUAUGUCUAUGAAAUUCGUGAACGUUUACCAUUCUAUGCUUUAUAUGCAUGGGGUAUGCCAAUGAUUAUUGUUUUAAUUGGAAUUAUAUUAGAUGCAAAAAAUGCUCGAUUAAAACCAUGUUAUGGAAGAUUUUUUCGUGGAUGUUAUGAUGUUUGUUUUCGAACCAAAAAUGACACGCCUUUGCAAGGUUGUUGGAUUGAAAGUGCUUUGAUGCGAUUUAUAUUAUUUGGUUGUCCAGUUGCAAUUAUUCUCAUUAUAAAUUUUGUUUUCUAUGCGUUAACAGUACGAAGUAUUCGAAAAGGUUUGAAAAAAGUACGAGUUCAAGUUGAACGUAAAUUUCAACGUAAAAAACAAGUUGUACCUGGUGAACAUGAUGUUAAAAUCUAUAUGCGUAUGGCUGUAUUAGCUGGUUUUGGUUGGACUAUCGGUUUUAUUUUAUUUCUAUUACCUGAUAAUCAACAAGGUUUUAAACGUUUUCUUGUUGCAACUGUUAAAUAUUUAUUUAUUUUACUUAAUGCCACACCCGGUUUAUUUAUAUUCGCUGUUUAUGUAUGUAAUCGUCGUGUAUUAUCAUUAUAUCAUCAAUUGCUUAAAGACAUCUAUCAAUUUUGUCGAUCGAACGUCAAAGGAAUGAAAGAGUCCAUAUUAAAUCUUAGUCGAAAUUGUUUAAGUAAAACAAAAAAUAAAUUAGAAACGUUCAAUCAAAGUAAAUACAGACAAAAACAAGAAGACAAAUUAAUAAAAGCAUUAACUGUACCAACAGCAGUUCAAACAUCGAAUCUAAUAACAUCUACAAAAUUAUUAUCACAACCACAAGUUCUGCCAUCAUCAAGAAAUUCUACUCAUGAAAGAUUAGAUUCAUCAACUUCAUUAGGAAGACAAUCCAGUGAAACCAUUGAAUCUUACUUAUGA